CCACCCAAUUCUCCAAACCGCGUUUUCUCAAACCCUAACGUACGGAUUAGGGUUUUUGUUCGUUGAUUCCAAAGGGUACGAACUUCAAUUUCUCCACCAAAUUCGCUUUAAAGGUAACGAUGAAUGAGAAAGGAGAAAAGACUUGUCCUCUAUGUGCAGAGGAGAUGGACUUGACUGAUCAACAUCUUAAACCUUGCAAAUGUGGUUAUCAGAUAUGUGUUUGGUGUUGGCAUCAUAUUAUAGAGAUGGCUGAGAAAGAUAAGACAGAGGGUCGCUGUCCUGCAUGUCGUACCCGUUAUGAUAAGGAAAAGAUUGUUGGGAUGACAGUCAGCUGUGAAAGGCUGGUUGCUGAACUCAACAAUGACCGGAAAAAGUCACAGAAGGCGAAGCCUAAACCUUCGGAGGGGAGGAAAGAUCUAACUGGUGUGAGAGUUAUCCAGAGAAAUUUGGUUUACGUUAUGAGCUUGCCUUUUGACCUGGCAGAUGAAGAUCUUUUUCAGCGAAGAGAAUACUUUGGUCAAUAUGGGAAAGUCAUCAAAGUAGCAAUGUCUCGGACUGCAGCUGGGGCUGUCCAACAAUUUCCAAACAAUACUUGCAGUGUAUAUAUUACUUAUUCCAAAGAGGAGGAAGCAAUUCGUUGUAUCCGAUCAGUACAUGGAUUUAUUUUGGAUGGUAGAAAUUUGAAGGCAUGUUUUGGAACCAUGAAGUAUUGUCAUGCGUGGUUGAGAAACAUGCCUUGCUCCAAUUCUGAAUGCCUUUACUUGCAUGAGAUUGGUUCCCAAGAGGAUAGUUUCACAAAAGAUGAGACCAUAUCAGUGCACAUGAGGAGAAUGGUUCAAGAAAUUACUGGUUGGAGGGAUCAUUAUGUGCGGCGUUCAGGGAGCAUGUUACCUCCACCAGUUGAUGAUUAUGUUGAUAAUGAGUCUAGCACAGGAACAAUUCCAAAAGUUGUUUUGAAUAAUGCACAUAGUGUCGCUAAAAAUUCUCCUCCAAAUGACAGCAACAGUCAAUCUGUUACUCUUCCUGCUGGAGCCAUGUGGGGAAUGCAUUCUUCAAGCCAGUCUUCGGUACCAAAUACACCAAGUUCUAGGGAACCCUUAAAAGACAAAACUGCUACAGUUUCAUCUGCGGUUGCAAUAAAUCCUGCACCGAUGUCUUUACAUCGCAGUGAUGAAUUAAAGAAGCCAACAUUAGAAGAUAAUCGUACUGCAGAUGGAAAUGCUUUGAAACCACCAAGCCUAUUGGAUGGUCAAACUGAUUUUCCUGAGCUUUCCGUGUCUAAUAAGACCCAGAUCAGUAAUAGUAGGGAAGUAAUCUCUGUCAGUGUGGAUAAUAUUAGAGCUAUUAGUGAGCCAUCAGAUUGCACAGACUUUCCAGAACAUACUUCUCAGUCUAGUAGAUCCAUGCUGUCUAAUGGAAACAUAAUGAUUAACAGAAGAAUACAGAGUGUAUGCAGCGAUGAUGUGUCAGUGGAUGCAGAUAGUGCUGUGGAUGGCUAUCAUGGAAUAACAAGAUCUGACAAUUCACAUUUUGAUCAUGCUUCCAUAAAGUCAUCUCAUACAGAGGUGUCCCAAGAUUAUUUACAGCGUUGUGUCGAUGAACCUAGAGAAGUUCAGCCAUUACAAAAGUCCAGUAGAACUAACGCAAAUGAGGUCGGUGUCUCGAGACAAGAAGUUAAUACAGGUACUUCUUUGAUGUCACCAUUGAGAACAGAUCAUUAUCUGGAAGCCGAGGAUGAUAUAUCGUUGUUCAAUAGACAAAGACUCAAGGAUCCAGAAGUUCUUAGCUGUCAGCCCAAUGGUUUCCUACGCCCGUCAAAUAGUAUGCAGCCUUGUUCAUCCCAGUAUAAGGCUGAGCAUGAUGAAACCAGGACUGUGUUUGGAUCUUCCUAUUCUGACAGCAGAGGAAGUAGUAUAGCACCCAUCUCACAUGGAUAUACCGAGAUGCCACUUAGGGAGCCCAAUCAUUUAAACGGCAGUCUUAACCAUUCUAUUUUGGUUCCAGACAAGGCAAGGGACACACAGCCAAUUGAAAAAAGUUUCGUCGACUUGCAAGAAAACUCUAGGAGUGAUAUAGAUGACAGGAUAAUUGCAAAUAUAAUGUCUUUAGAUCUUGAUGAAUACUUAACUUCACCUCAUAACUUUGCAAACCUAUUUGGGGAAAGUGACGAAGAGGCCAGGUCUCUUCAGCUAGCCAGUUCCAGUAAAGUUGAGGAUAAUCAGUCCCGGUUUUCUUUUGCAAGGCAAGAGGAAUCAAAGGAUCAAUCUUUUGAUUCUUACAACGUCCAUAACCAGAUAUCACGUGGCAAUGAAUUCUACCAGGAUUCUUUAGAACGACAGAGUCCUAAUAUGGGUAUGUUUGGGACGUAUAAUGGUCUUUCAUCCGGUUAUCGUAGAGGACUAGACUAUGUCACGGAAAGCUCCACUUUGCCCUCAUCCUAUAAACCUAACUCUGUUCCAAGAGGUCCAGUAUCAGCACCACCUGGCUUUUCAGUUCCAAGUCGACCUCCUCCUCCAGGCUUCUCCUCAAAUGGGAGAGACCAUCAGAUUUUUGAUGGCCUUUCAGGAAACUCUCGUUUUUCUGAUUCAAUAGCGUAUGGUAAUCAUUAUCAGCAGUCACUUCCAAUUGAUAAUGUGAGGGAUGUUCAAUUCAUGGAUCCUGCCAUUUUGGCCGUUGGUCAAGGCUUUGAGAAUGCAAGCCUAGACUUCAGAUCAAACUUCCAAGGAAACACAAACAUGUUUGGAAACGCGGCAAAGCUCCAACAACAACAGCAAGCGGUAAUGCAGAGCCCUUUGUCUUCGCAUCAAAACUGUAGAUUCACUGAUUCUUUGGGAAUGGCACCAAGGCUUAUGGAUCAAUCUCAAGGCAAUAACAUACUGACCAGAAAUCUGACCUUGCCUAAUGGUCGCCACUGGGAUGCGUUGAUGAGUAACGAGAUCCAAACUCGAAACAGACUCCAAAAUGAGAGACUUGUUGGAUCAACAAAUUGGAUCCCCGGUUACAAUGGGACGUUCAGGAUUUAAACACCGUCUGUCGGAAUCAGUGAGCUUGGUUUGCCUUUGGACUGACUGAUAGGAACCAUCAUCGGUCUGGUCUAGGAGCCGCGCUUAAAAAUCGCCUCGACCUUGAAUCUUUUCUUCUGGUUACUUAGUAAGGUUUGGUGUAAAAAAAGCUUUAGGAAGGU